AUGAUCCCCCAUGAGGCUGGGGCAUGUCCAAGGAUGAGCCUUCGCCGCCCGCGCUCCUCCCCCUUUGCCCCCAUGUACCUCCCCCUUCUGUGNNUCGGCUCCUGGGUGGUGUCCGCGACUGCCCCAACCCCCACGCUCAGCAAGAGGAAUAACGCGCCCACGAGAUUUGUUACGACUCAGGAUGGCCAGUUCAAGUUCAACGGAAGCGACCUUGAUUUCGUUGGAACAAAUGCGUACUGGUUACCUUCUCUAAACACCGACGAGGAUAUAGACUUUACGUUGGGCAAUAUGUCGGCGAACGGGAUCAGAGUCGUCAGGACUUGGGCGUUCAAUGAUGUUGAGUCUAUUCCAGAGAACGGAACAUGGUUCCAGCUCAUCUCGAACGGUACUGUGGAAAUCAACAAUGGGACCAACGGACUGCAGAAAUUGGACACCGUCGUUCGGUUGGCUGAGAAGCACGGGCUCUUCUUGCUACUCUCCCUCACGAAUAACUGGAAUCCUCGCCCUCUUUUCGAGAACACAACCAUCUCCAUCCAGGCCCGCGAUGUCACACCCGGGACGAACAACUCCCUCCCUCGUGGCACCCUCAGUAACGAUUAUGGAGGAAUGGAUGUCUAUGUCCGCCAGCUUGGAACUAAUACCACCAAAUCUCACGACGAUUUUUACCAAGACCAAACAAUCAUCGACGCAUUCCUAAACUAUACAACCCAGGUUGUCUCUCGUUACGUUGAGAGCCCUGCAGUUUUCGGAUGGGAGUUGGCAAACGAUCCUAGAUGUAACUCUAGCAUUCCCUCCACUCCCUCAUGCAACCCGCAAGUGAUUACGCGGUGGCACUCAACAGUCGCGGCCCACGUGAAGACCAUCGAUCCUAAUCAUCUUGUCUCCUCUGGCAAUCAAGGGUUCCUUUGCACAGGUUGCCCAAAGCUCUUCCCGCGCGUUCCUCCUCCUCAGACGUCCGCGACCCCCAGUCGACGUCGCGCUGUUGUCUCCAAGCCUCUGACAAAGCGAAAAAUCCUUGAAGACCGUAAGGCAGCAUUUAAAAGGACGCGCAACGCGAAAAAGAGGAGCACCGGAACAUCUGGAGGCAUUCGUAUCCGCGGACGAUGGAUGUCAACAGAAACGAGGAGACAAGACGACCAAGACAUUGGCGCCGCCUUCGACGGCUCGCAGGGAAUCGACAGCGAGGAUAUCAUCAACAUCCCUCAAAUUGGCUUUGGGACAUUCCAACUCUUCCCGGACCAGAAUGUCUACGGUCCUGAUGAUCCAAACCUGCCUGCUUUCAAUAACACUGUCGAACAAGGCAUCCAGUGGAUCAGAGCACAUGCCGCCCUAGGUGCAUUGUUUGGUAAACCUGUUACGUUGAACGGCUUCGGUCUUGUCACCCAAGGGAACGCCCCGUUCUUCGUACCUUUCAAUUCCACUCAAGCGCCGUUCGGACCUGAUGCUGCCCCUCCGCCGACACCGACCCAGCAGCCCUUCGGUGUUACAGAUGCACAACGAGACGAUGCCUACACCCAAUGGCUUCAAACCGGUCUGCAGAGUGGUCUCCAAGGCAUGCUCCAAUACCAGUGGUCGCAAGACAAUUUGACGGCUGCCGUUGGUACUGUGGUCACCCCCACAGUCACCGGCCCUGGUACAGUCCCAACAGUCACUGGAAUCGGCGUCUCGCCCAACGACGGUUAUAGCAUCCAAGGGGCUGGUCAACAGCAAGUUGUGGAUACUAUCCGACAGGCUGCACAAGCAUUCGGUUCUGACGCUUCUCUAUGA